UUAGGGUAUGUCAUUUAAAGCUUGUGACAUUUAUUUAAAAGGUUUUUAUGCGAUUAUUAUAUGGUAUAUUAUGUAAAUGUACACGAAACCACCGGAAUAAUAUUGUUGUUAUAUAUUACAACUUUUCUUACAUAUAAUUUGGUGAUGGCCAACAUUCUGUUACACUUGAAAAACAUUGACUAUCCAAAGUGCACACAGGAUGCCUUGAAGUAUCUCAUGUCAUGUUUUUCAUCACAUGAGGGCGCAGCAAUUCCAGGUCUUGGUCAAGGAUCAGGAAAUUAUGCAGCCGAAGUAUGUCAAGAGUAUAUUCUUUUCCGAAGCAGGACUGGAGUACAAAAGACUCUGAAUGCUGUUCAUGAAUUGCAACUGUUAGAGAUGUUAUGCACAUGUUUUAAAGAAGCACCAACAAAGACAAAAUAUCAAAUCUUCAACCUCAUCUUUGGAGGAAGGGGAGAUAAUCACACCCACUCACUUUUCAUCAAGUUGGUAUCGAUGGCAUUAUCUGUGAGCUGCAGUCCUGUCUUAGACUGUGCUGCCAUCUGGAUGCAGGAACGAGGAGCUGAUUCGACACCCGUUUUAGCCUUGACAAAACGACUUGUCGAUGAUUACUGCCUUCUGUUUCCCGAUCCCUCUCAGGUGCUUGUAAAACUUCCAUCAACUUCACCGCUGUUUGUGUGUAACUUUAUCACAUCAGUUACAACAGCUUUCACAUUCUUUGAUGGCAAUAGUGUGCCUCCGUGUGUGCUACUGGAACAUGUCACCGACUGGAUCAACCAGGACUGCACGCUGUGCUGCGAGUCGGUGCGGCAGAUCAGCAUACACAACACGUACUCCUCACCCAUCCCGGGCCUCACGGGCUGGUGCAUCAGGGGACCCGUUGUGGCUCACAAACUGACCAAAUCGAACCACCCGGGCUUCUCGCAGAGCAAGCUGUCGAAGGGUCUGUCCGUGCUGUCGCGGCUACAUCUGGGCCUGCUGCAGAGUCUGGAGUUCUGCGAGAACAACCACAUGUCUCAGUACCUGCUGAGCAUCACUGACCUGUUCAACAUCGUCAACUCGCUCGUCUUCCUCUACAAGAUGUCGGGGCUCUCCGAGGACGAACCCUGCGUGCACGUCGCGCUCGAGAGAGUCGCUCAAGUCAUCCAGGUUGCCGUCGUCAACGGCUGUCUGAGGGUGGAUCCGGUCAAAUUUCAGGGGUUUCGAUCAUUAAUACAAACGAGUCUACCACCUAACAGAUUACUACAGAUGGUUGUAUCUCACAUUGCUGGAGACAGAAGAGGAGAAUCCAGCAUGGACGUCUCGUGACGACAGAGUCCUACAAACUGGCUGGUGUGAAUGGGGCUGAGUGAACAACACAAUUUCAUAUUUACCAUCUUCAUGUGUACAUAUUAAAGUCAUUCCUUACAUC